AUCUUGUUAUUUCGAUGGCCACGUUCUGUUUCACAGUUUGGUAUUUUCAAGCUCUUUCCAGAUUCCUUAUGGCUCCGCCUUGCCAUCCACUGGAGUUCCCUAAAGAAAAGUUCUGGAGGUCAUACUUCUUCACCCAUGCCAUCAUUUUAAUCCUUGUUUUGAGCUUCUUGGCAUUCCAAACCCCAGCAGCUUCUACCACUUCAAAAAGAAACGAUGCAACCGAUCGCCUCGCCCUUCUAUCCUUUAAAACUCUCAUAACCGAUCGCUCUGGAGCAUUAGAAUCCUGGAGCAACGCCACUCUCCAUCACUGUCAGUGGGAAGGCGUCACAUGUGGCGGCCGCCGGCACCGAGGGAGGGUCAUAGCAUUAGAGCUCGACGAGCUCAACCUUACCGGCUCCAUGUCGCCACACCUUGGAAAUCUCACUUUCCUCAGAAGGCUCCACCUGUCCACGAAUCAACUCCAAGGACCCAUCCCACAGGAACUAGGCCGCUUGUUCCGGCUUCAGUCUCUCAACCUCAGCCACAAUUAUCUUGAAGGGGAGAUUCCCACCAAUCUCAGCAGAUGCGCUGACCUCCGCAGGAUCAACUUAAGCUUCAACAUGCUCAGAGGAUCAAUUCCUAUGCAAUAUGGCUUCCUUCCAAAACUCAUGGUACUUAUUCUUGGCGACAACCCUCUAACCGGUGGCAUUCCAUCCUCACUGGGGAACAUCUCCUCUCUUAUGGCCCUUCUUCUCUAUGAAAAUGAUUUGGAGGGAAGCAUUCCAGACAGCCUAGGAAAGGUCGCGAGCCUGCAAAUCUUUCAAGUGACUAUAAACAAGCUUUCAGGUGAGAUUCCAUCCUCUCUUUACAAUCUCUCUUCCAUUCAGUACUUUGUUGCAGGCGAGAAUCAUCUUGUCGGGAAUCUACCAUCCAAUAUGUUUGAUACCCUUCCGAACCUCCAAAUGCUUAUUUUGGACGACAACCAAUUUGAUGGUCUCAUUCCAAAUUCACUCCCCAAUGCCUCUAGAUUGGUAGAACUUGAUCUCAAAGGUAACAACUUCAAUGGAAUAGUGCCCUCGAAUCUGGGAAAUCUGAAGAAUCUCUACUGGAUUAAUCUCGGUAAAAAUCAGCUUGAAGCUAGAGAUGCCAAGGAUUGGACUUUCCUCACCGCUUUGACAAACUGCAGUUUUUUAGGGGUACUAGGACUUGCGGACAACAGGCUUGGUGGCGAGCUGCCCAGCUCUAUUGCCAAUCUCUCCAGAAAGCUAGAUGGGCUGUCAAUGGGGCAGAACGAAAUAUCAGGAAGCAUACCUCAAGAAAUUGGGAACCUUGCCAAUCUAACAGUGUUCUUAUUGUAUAACAACCGCUUGACCGGCAUAAUUCCUCCUACCAUUGGAAAGCUUCGGAAGUUACAUGUUCUGAAUCUAUCAGGAAACAAUUUUACUGGACGGAUUCCAUCUUCCAUUGGCAACCUUACACAAUUGAUUAUGCUGUACUUGGAAGAGAGCGGCCUGAGUGGAACUAUACCUGCAGAAUUCGGAAACUGCAAGAGCUUAGAAGAGCUUAACCUUUCUUACAAUAAGUUAAGUGGUGCCAUCCCCAGAGAGCUUGUUAGCCUUAGUUCUCUCUCCACAUAUCUUGAUUUAUCAGGUAAUGCCCUUGUUGGAUCCUUGCCCGCGGAAGUUGGCAGCUUGAAGAAUCUUGGUGAGCUCAAUAUUUCUGAGAACAGAUUGUCUGGUGAGAUUCCAAGCACUCUUGGUGAUUGUCAAAGUUUGGAGUACCUUUAUAUGAAAGGGAACCUCUUUCAAGGAAACAUUCCUCAGUCUUUGGGCAAUUUGAAAGGCCUUCAAGAGCUAGACCUUUCCCACAACAAUCUAUCGGGAUCGAUUCCAGAAUCCUUAGGGAGGUUGCGUGCUCUGCUUCAGCUAGAUUUAUCCUUCAAUGAUCUCACUGGUGAGGUACCAAAGGAAGGGGUCUUUAAAAAUGCAAGUGCUAUUUCCAUACUCCACAACGAUGGCCUUUGUGGAGGUAUUGUAGAAUUAAAUUUGCCUUCAUGUGAUACCCAAUCUUCCACAAAAAAGCAUAUGUCUCUUGCACUUAAAACAAUCAUCAUUGUCAUCAGUGUAGUCCUCUUUCUAGUCCUAUUGCUUUCUGUGUACAUGUCUCUUCAUUGGGUGAAGAAUUGCAGCAGAACUUCAUCCACUUCCAUUAAGGAUCAAUUCAUGAGGGUCUCUUAUCUUGACCUGUUUCGAGCAACUAAUGGCUUCUCAUCAUCUAAUUUAAUUGGAGCUGGAAGUUUUGGUUCUGUUUACAAGGGAGUUUUGGACUCUAUUGAACACAUUGUUGCAGUGAAGGUUCUAGAUCUUCAACAACGAGGAGCAUCGAAGAGUUUCAUGGCUGAAUGUGAAGCCUUAAGAAACAUCCGUCAUCGAAAUCUUGUUAAGAUCUUAACUUCAUGUUCAGGUGUCGAUUCCAAAGGUGAUGAUUUUAAGGCUCUGGUGCUUGAAUUCAUGCCUAAUGGAAGUUUGGAGAAGUGGUUGCAUCCAGAGGAAUCUUUGCAUUCUGAAAAGAGGACCUUGAGCCUUAUCCAGAGAUUGAACAUAGCUAUUGAUGUUGCCUCUGCAUUGGAUUACCUUCAUCACCAUAGCCAGAUACCAAUUGUUCAUUGUGAUCUGAAACCAAGCAAUGUUCUGCUAGAUGAUGACAUGUGUGCACAUCUGAGCGACUUUGGAUUAGCAAGGAUUCUUUCUGAUGAAGUUUUUAAGUCCAACGAAUAUCCAUCUAGCUCCGUCGGAAUAAGGGGAACCAUUGGUUACAUUGCUCCAGAAUAUGGGAUGGGUGGUCAAGUCUCCACCAAAGGCGAUGUCUACAGUUAUGGAAUCCUCUUGCUGGAGAUGUUUACAGGGAAAAGACCAACUGAUGACAUCUUAAAGGAUGGUUUAGAACUCUAUAAAUAUGUAGAGAUGGCAUUUCCCGACCGAGUGUUGGAUGUUGUGGAUCCCCAUCUUCUCUUAUGGGAGGAUCACCAGGAUGCUCGAGGAGACUUUCUAAACAACAACGAGGCAAGGGUGGAAGAGCAGAAGUGCAUGGUUUCGGUGAUCAGAAUUGGUCUUUCAUGUUCCAAGGAAGAUCCAAGAGAAAGAAUGGAGAUGGAAAAUGGCGUAAGUGAUAUGAAUGCAACUAGAGAUAAGCUUCUUAGAGCAUACCUGAUGACGUGAAGGACUUUUAAGUGACAAGUAUUAGAACAUACCUGUUAGUUUUCCAAAAAUAAAUCACCAUGCUUUCCUUUUCCUCUCCCCUUCAUAGCAGUUAGCAUAAGUUGGUCCACGUGUAAUCAAGUGCAGCCUAUGCAAGUCAGCGUGUUCAUCUUUAGCAAGUAUACAGUAAGGCUCAUGACCAAACAAAAAACAAUAAUCUCUGUAGUAUAUUCACGAGUGAUAAUGUUAUAAGAUGUCUUUUAUUUAU